CUUCGCCUGUCACUUCCUUCCCCCGCCUCCUGCUUCCUGGUGUGUUCUCCGAGACUCCGGGAGGGACGACGCGCCCCCAGUUCCCCAUCGCAAUAGAAGCCGAGGCUGAGAGGUGAGGGAGUCCCUGGACAGAGGUGGCAGCAAUGAACGUGGAUCAUGAAGUCAACCUCUUGGUGGAGGAAAUUCAUCGCUUAGGGUCAAAAAAUGCUGAUGGCAAGAUAAGUGUGAAAUUUGGCGUCCUCUUCCAAGAUGACAAAUGUGCCAACCUCUUCGAAGCACUGGUAGGAACUCUGAAAGCUGCAAAACGGAGGAAGAUUGUCACCUACUCUGGAGAGUUACUUUUGCAAGGCGUUCAUGAUGAUGUUGAUAUUGUAUUACUGCAAGAUUAAUGUGGUUUGCAAAUCUUUGUGUAUUGCUAUUUUUUGUUUCUGGAAAACUGGAUCAUUAUGUCAAAGAACAAACUUGUAAACACACUUAAUGUAUUUUUAUAGAACUUUAUAAACAAAAGGAAGCUCA